AUGUGUGCUGCGGGUAUUGUGGGUAGAUGUACAAAAGACACGCUCAAGCUGGAGCAGUACCACCUGGUGAGAGAAGCGAGCGACGUCGCCAGGAGCCUGUUCCUGUCGGGCCGCGUCGGCUACGACCAGCUCAAGAACAAGUCGGUGCACGCCGUGGACACGUUCCUCGACCUGGUGGACAUCCUCAACGACGAGAUGGCCAAGCGGCUGCGCGGCGCCAUCAUCAAGUUCUAUAAGAUCAAAUACUUCCACGAUUUCACUAAUUAUGUCAUCACUUUGGAAGAGAUGAUAGACAUAGCCGAGCACUGUCUAGAGGAGCCGGCGGAGAAGAUAGCGCAACUCCGCAGCGACUUCCACAUCCUCAUCGACAACUUCCGCGACGUGCGCCACUUCCCUACCAUCGACCGCUGCCGCGACGAGCUGCCCGACGAGGUCGCCGCCGCGCACUGCAUCCUGCACCAAGCAGUCCUUUUCAACGAGACGAUGCAAGAGAACCUCGCUUCGCUCGUGGAGAUCAAGACGAAGCAGCACGCGCGAAAGAUGAACGCGUCGCUGUACGAGGUGCAGCGCUGCCUCGACGCGUUCGUGCCCAACUUGUUCGACCAGCUACUGGUGGACGCGUACACAGAAAAGUCCGGUUAUCUGAAGGUCGUGAACGCAUCUAUUGAAGAUCUGAUGAAGGACAAAUGGCGCGGAAGUGAAGAGGCCUUGUUCCCUACGAAGUGGUCUCCGUUGGUAGAAAUCCUGAAACAAAAAUCCAUGACGUCACAGUCCUUGUUAGUCACGUUGCUUUCGGCGAAUUUAACAUCCAAUGACAUCAUAAAAACAUUAUAUAAAUAACACUGAAAGCUUUGAAAAAGGUAGUAAAGGUACCUACAUGAUAGUAAUAAAUUCGAAUGAUAAAACUGUAACGUCCGGUGGCUGGUUAUAAUAACAAUUUUAAUUAAUAUAGAUAUAUAAUAUAUGUACGAUGUAACUAUGAGUGUAUGUUUUUUACCACAAUUAAACUACUUAAGAGACAGGCUCUCCCGGAGAGCAUUCGCCUGUAUCUAUGGCUUAUGCCUUAUGGUAAGAUGAAGAUCUACUUCAUCUUACCAUAAGUAGGUACUCGUAAGUAGGUACGGUAGGCAAUUUCGUCGACUCUUUGUAGUCGUCAUUCGUCAGUGCUAGGAGCGCUAGGAGCUAUCAGUCAGCUAGUGGUACAGUCCGAUGCAAAAUUUGUGACGCCUCCAAAAUUGGUUGCGGCUGUUGCGCAGGUAGUAUAUAAACUACGAUAAAAUCAGGACGCGAGGUCAUCCCUGCCGCCGCGUCACUACGUUGCCGCUGUUACCUAAAAUUGUACACUGCGCAUCUUCACGCACGAUGUUCCGUAACGUCAUGAAGUUUGUAUCGUACUGUAACAAAAGUUCAAAUCGUCAUUAAUACUCUUGUAAACAAAAGUUACAAGCGUAUUUAUUUUGAUCGGGAUAAUAUUUAUAGAAAUCAUGCUUGCAUGCAUGCAUUGCCUAUCCACUUUUGAGAGAACUCAUUAUUCAUGAACGUCUCAAGAUUAAGAAUAAAGAACACUAUUUCUAUCCUAGAUUUAUCAUUAAAAUCCAUUUGAUCUUUGUUUAAAAAUAUACUCAACGACCUCAGAUGAUAGUUAAAUUACUCUUAAGUUAUUAGACUGUAUGACUAUCAAUCUUUGCCUAAGGUACAAAUGAAAGCAAAAUUUAACUCUAUGAUUGUUCGUCAAUGUCACUGUCAGUAUCUUUUUAGCCGUUUGUGACUGUCAGU